CCUCGCCGCCUCGCCCCCGGCCCGGGAAGGGCAUGGCCCCGGCGGACCCCCGGCGGUGACUCGCGCGCCCCGGCCCCGCGGAGGCUCAGGGCGCCCCGCUCCCGUGCGUCGCGGCUUCCGAACGACAGGUGUCCAGGGAUGAGGCACCCCGACAAGAUGCCAACGCGGGCGCACUGGCGAGCACUGUCCGUGGUGCUGAUUCUGCUCUGGGGACAUCCACGACCCGCGCUCUCCUGUCCUCACCCUUGCGCCUGCUACGUUCCUAGCGAGGUCCACUGCACGUUUCGCUCCUUGGCUUCUGUGCCCGCUGGGAUUUCUAAACAUGUGGAAAGAAUCAAUUUGGGAUUUAAUAGUAUACAGGCUUUGUCAGAAACCUCGUUUGCGGGACUGACCAAGUUGGAGCUACUUAUGAUUCAUGGCAACGACAUCCCUAGCAUCCCCGACGGGGCUUUAAGAGACCUCAGCUCCCUCCAGGUUUUCAAGAUCAGCUACAAUAAACUGCGGGUAAUCACGGGACAGACCCUGCAGGGGCUCUGGAGCUUAAUGAGGCUGCAUAUGGACCAUAACAAGAUCGAAUUUAUCCACCCACAAGCUUUCAAAGGCUUAACAUCCCUAAGGCUACUCCACUUAGAGGGAAACCUGCUGCACCAGCUCCACCCCGGCACGUUCUCCACGUUCACGUUUCUGGAUUAUUUCAGGCUCUCUACCAUAAGACACCUCUACCUCGCAGACAACAUGAUCAGGACCCUUCCCACGGGGAUGCUUCAGAACAUGCCGCUUCUGGAGAAUCUUUACCUGCAUGGGAAUCCAUGGUCGUGUGACUGUGAGAUGAAGUGGUUUCUGGAAUGGGAUGCCAAAUCCAAAGGGACUCUGAAGUGUAAGAAGGACAAAGCCUACGAAGGUGGCCAGUUAUGCGCCAUGUGCUCUGCUCCCCAAAAAUUGCACAAACAAGAGAUUCACAAGCUGAAGGACAUCACCUGCCUGAAGCCUUCCAUCGAGUCUCCCCUGAGACAGAACCGGAGCAGCAGCAGCGAGGAGGAGCAGGGACAAGAAGAGGAUAGUGAGGGCCAGCUCUCCCUGGAGGGGUUCCAAUUCCCCCCGUGGAACAUCUCUUUGAAUAUGACCGACGAGCACGGGAACACGGUGAACUUGGUCUGUGACAUCAAGAAGCCCAUGGAUGUGUACAAAAUUCACUUGAACCAGACGGACCCUCAAGAGAUUGAUAUAAAUGCAACGGUUGCCCUGGACUUCGAGUGUCCGAUGACACGGGAAAACUACGAGAAGCUGUGGAAACUGAUCGCGUAUUACAGUGAGGUCCCUGUGAAGCUGAACCAAGAACUUACGCUCAGCAAAGACCCCAAGGUCACCUACCAGUACAGGCAAGACGCCGAUGAGGACGCCCUUUACUACACGGGCGUCAGAGCCCACGUUCUCGCAGAACCAGAGUGGGUCAUGCAGCCGUCCAUAGACAUCCAACUCAACCGACGUCAGAGUACGGCCAAAAAGGUGCUGCUCUCCUAUUAUUCCCACCAUUCGUUAACGAUGCCCGCCAAAGAGGCAGCACAGUCUCGGAGCAGAAGCUGGGUGAUGAUCGAGCCCAGCAGAGCAGUGCAGAGAGCUCAGACUGUCUUGGAAGGGAGCCCGUGCCAGCUGAGCUGCAACGUGAAGGCCUCUGAAAGUCCAUCCAUCUUCUGGGUGCUCCCGGAUGGGUCUGUGCUGAAAGCGCCCUUGGAGGACCAGGAUGGCAGGUUCUCCAUCCUCACCAGCGGCUGGCUGAGGAUCAAAUCAACGGAGCAGUCGGACUCGGGUUUGUACCAGUGCAUUGCUCAGGUGAGGGAUGAAAUGGACCGGAUGGUGUACAGGGUCCUUGUGCAACCACCUGCCACUCAGCCAUCUGAUAGUCAUACAAUGACAAUUCAGAAGAACCCAGGGGAGCCAGUGAUGUUGCCUUGCAGUGCGCUGGCUAUACCCGAGGCCCAGCUCAGCUGGGUUCUUCCAAACAGAAGGAUAAUUAAUAAUCUGGCUAACACGUCACAUGCCUACAUGUUGGCAAAUGGAACUCUUUCCAUCCCAAAGGUCCAAGUCAGUGAUGGCGGUUUCUACAGGUGCGUGGCUGUCAACCAGCAAGGGGCGGAUCAUUUUACUGUGGGGCUCACGGUGAAUAAGAAAGGAUCGGGCCGGUCAUCCAAAAAGGGCAGACGCCCGGGUGGGAAGACUCUUCCCAGGGUGCCGGGAGACGUCGUGGAGGACGAAGGCGGUUCAGGCAUAGGAGAUGAAGAGAACGCUCCAAGGAGAGAGCUCCACACAAAGGACCAGGAGCUACUCAUCAAGACAAAAGACGAUGCCGUCACCGGAGGUAAGAAGACCAAGAAAGGGCGAAGAAAACUCAAACCGUGGAAGAAUUCUGAAAAAGAACCAGAGACGAAUAUCGCGGAAGGUCGCAGAGUGUUUGAGUCCAGGCGGAGGAUAAAUAUGGCAAACAAACAGAUUAAUCCAGAGCAUUGGGCAGAUAUUUUGGCCAGAGUACGUGGGAAGAACCUUCCCAAGGGAACUGAAAUAGCCCAGGUGGUCAAAACCACCACUCCUCCAUCCGUGAAUCCAGAAGUGACACCUCUUCUGCCUGCCGUUCCGCCUCCCUCAGUAUCACCCGCACGGACCACAAUCAGUGUCGAAGAAACCUCAGCAGAUGCAUCUCUGUUUGGUGAGGAAGACCAGGGCUCCAGCACCGUGUCCUCAACCAGGUCGGGACCAGAAAGUGGGCACGGUGGAGUGAUUCUUGCUGAACCCCGAGUGACAAGCACACAUCUGGAAGAAUUCAUUGACCACGACUUUUCUAAGAGCGAGGAUACAACUCCCACUGAGGCUGGGCCACCGUGGGCUACAGCCACCACCCUGAGGGCCACGCCUCUUGAAUCCUCUCCUACUGCGCAGCCCCUGGACAUGGUCUACGAAGAGCAGGCCGGUGAAAGCACAGCCACAGAGGGCUGGCCUGCAGUAGAUGCUGGAUCCAUGGCGGAGCCCACGUCAAGCGAGUAUGAGGCCCCACUGGGUGCCAUCUCCUUGGCUGAGUCUGAGACCGUACCAUAUGUUCAGCCAGAUUUGGAGGCCAACCCACAACCAGAUGAAGAGAACAUGAAAGAGGUCACCUCCACUCACUUUACACCGACUACCACUUUGUGGGGUGUUGACUCCAGGACAUCCCAACCAUUAGCAGGGCUCACGUUAGGGGAGCCAGAUGCCCCGUCACGAGGACAUCCACGGGGACAAACAGAUGACACCCGGCUUGGGAAAGGUGCUUUAAGCACUCAAGACAACGCGCGGGUGGAAAAGGGUCCAGAGGACACUUCUGAGAAGACACUCGGGGAAGAAGAUAUGCCAGAGAGAGACCCAACAGACUCCAGGAGUCCUGAAGGAAUGGGAAAACGAGUCGAAUCGACCACUCGGCUUGACUCUACCCCAGGAGUGGAUGGCAUCACUCUCUUUACACCUUCCAGGGGAACCACGCUGGGAGCUCUCCUAGACAGAGAUGCCCCCGCAGUAGCAACAGUGAUGCCGGCGGAAAAGACCACGUCGUCUCCGGGGCUGACCACUCACCCUUCACGAAAGAGACCCAACGGGAGGAGGAGAUUACGCCCUCAGAGAUUCCGGAACCGCCAGAAGCAAACCCAUGUGCCCACGACUUUUGCCCCAACAACGGAGGCUUUCUCUACUCAACGUACUCGAGUACCCGAAACAAAGGCUCCAGGCCACGUGGGGAGCACACCAGCGCCAACAUCUCGGGUUGACGGCACAGUUGGUGUCGCCAAGCAGCUGGAGACAGAGAAGCAGGCCGAACCCAUAUCCAGGGGAACCUCACGAAGGAAACACGGGAAGAGGCCGAAUAAACACCGCUACUCCACUUCUACGGGGAGCCUUCCAGCCUCUGUGUCCUCGCCCGGCCCUUCCCCGGAAAAUAAACAUAAUCAUGUCGUUGCCACUUUGGAAGCUGUACUCUUAUCUACGACCAUUUCCCUGACAACCAGGGACCCACGCGGGACGGCUACAGCGAAAGAUUCUGCGACAACUGCCACGGAAAGACUCUCACCACCCAAUCAAUUCCAAGAGACAACUGCAGUCACCUAUACGCCUGUAUCGGAAGGAAGAGAAAUGGAUUAUGGUGUCGCAAUCACCUUAAAUGGCCUUAAAACCAACAGCUCGGGCCCUGACGACUCCUUCACGAGUGUUGCAUCACCUUCUGGCUCUGAGGUGGCCACUGUGGGAGAACGUCAGGGGGAAUCGGCUCCAUCCGGCUUUCCAGAGACCUCACGCUGGAAUCCCCCAAGCACAGCCCAGCCUGGGAGGCUGCAGACGGACACGCCUGUUCCCAGCUCUGUGGAAACCCUUACGGACUCACCCUUUCCUAAACAGUUGGAGGAUGUGGGUGUUCCCUCCCAGUUUCCACCACCGGUUGCAGCCUCUACACUGUUUCAACGAGAAGAAGUGGUUGCUUCAACCACUGUGUCGAGCCUACGAGUCGAGCCGUCUUCAACGGAGUCAGAAACCCCCGUCCGUGCUCAAGAUCAUCACGCAACCACUCCAGCUGAAGUUAGACCUCCUGCUCCCAUAGCAGAGCCGGCAUCCCCAUCCCCGGCCACCACUCUUGUGUCCUCGGUUCAGGCCUUCACGGAGCCCACACCUGUUACUUCAAAGACACUUCCAACAUCGACGGAUUCCAGGGAAAAUGUUCUCUUGAACUACGUGGGGAUCCCAGAGGCCAAGGCACCCCCAGUGAAUAGUGAGGGAACGCGGCACGUACUGACGCCGAAUGAAUUAUCCACCCCUUCUUCCAACCAGGAUAAAGUUCACUCCGCUCCAAAGCAUGGAUUAGAAAAGGAAGCAUUUGACGGAAAGACCCAAAACAGUCUUCCACAUGGGCCCGAUGGUAAGCACCAGGGCGGGAGAGCCCCAGUCUUCCACCAGCCAGCCGGGAUUCCUGCCAAACCGAUCCCGCCGAGAGGGACGGCGAGGCCACCCCACACGGCCACGGAAGGCUCCUUUAGAUACGUGGUGACUUUCCAUCCCCCUCGUCACUGGACCAACAAACCAGAAAUAACGGCCUAUCCCUCAAGGAUCUUGCCAGAGAAGAAGCACUCAACGACGCCAAGACCACCAAGUACGACGACUCCCGUUGUUCCGGCACCUAAGCCCAAACCUGGCGUCCCCACGAAGUUUACUGACCAAGGGCCGGACCGAUUCAACGCCAACUCCAAAGUAUUUGGAAAUAACAACAUCCCGGAUCUCAGAGACCCUAUUGGCAAGCUUCCGAGUUCAAGAGUCCCCCAUCACCCCAGUGCAAGAUUCCCUUUCUUUUUCAACAGGACUCUGUCUUUCCCCCAGUUGGGAGUUACUCCGAAGCCCCAAAUGCCCACGUCUCCUGCCCCCGUGAUAAGAGAGAGAAAAGUCAACCCGGGUCCAUACAAUAGGAUACAUUCUCAGAGCAUCAUCCACGUGGACUUUGGUCCCCCCGCUCCUCCAUUGUUGCACCCUCCCCGGGCCACGGGGCCACCCUCCACAAACUCCCAGAACGCCCCUGUCGUCUACUCCACCCGGAGCUCCAUCCCCUUCGUGGCAUCGUCUGGCCAGCCUUCCAGAAGCUUCCAUCAGAGCAGCUCAAAGCUCUUCUCUGCUGGAGGGCCCCCUGCCUCCAAGUUCUGGACGGUUGGGGAAAAGCCCCAGAUUAUCACCAAAUCUCCCCAGAGCGUGUCUGUCACCGCGGAGACAGACGCCGUGUUCCCAUGUGAGGCAACGGGGAAACCCACGCCUUUCAUUACCUGGACAAAGGUUUCUACAGGUGCUCUCAUGACCCCGAACACCAGAGUACAACGGUUCGAGGUCCUGAAGAAUGGCACGUUUGUCAUCCGAAAGGUACAGGUGCAGGACCGGGGCCAGUACAUGUGCACCGCCAAAAACCUGCACGGGGUGGACAGGAUGGUGGUCCUGCUGUCCGUGACGGUCCAGCAGCCCCAAAUCCUAGCCUCCCACUACCAGGACGUCACGGUGUACCUGGGAGACACGAUCGCCAUGGAGUGUCUGGCCAAGGGAACGCCAGCCCCGCAAAUCUCCUGGAUUUUCCCCGACCGGAGGGUGUGGCAGACGGUGUCCCCCGUGGAGGGCAGGGUCACGCUGCACGAAAACCGGACCCUGUCCAUCAAAGACGCCUCCUUCUCGGACAGAGGAGUCUACAAGUGCGUGGCCAGCAACGCGGCGGGCGCCGACAGCCUGGCCAUCCGCCUCCACGUGGCGGCCCUGCCGCCCGUCAUCCACCAGGAGAAGCUGGAGAACAUCUCGCUGCCCCCGGGGCUCAGCAUCCACAUCCACUGCACCGCCAAGGCCGCACCCCUGCCCAGCGUGCGCUGGGUGCUGUGGGAUGGGACCCAGAUCCGGCCGUCGCAGUUCAUCAACGGGAACUUGUUCGUCUUCCCCAACGGCACGCUCUACAUCCGCAACCUGGCACCCAAGGACAGCGGCCGCUACGAAUGUGUGGCCGCCAACCUGGUGGGCUCGGCGCGCAGGACCGUGCAGCUGACCGUGCAGCGGGCGGCGGCCAAUGCGCGCAUCACGGGCACCUCCCCGCAGAGGACGGACGUGCGCUAUGGGGCCACCCUGCGCCUGGACUGCAGCGCCUCAGGGGACCCCUGGCCGCGCAUCCUCUGGCGGCUGCCGUCCAAGCGCAUGAUGGACUCGCUCUUCAGCUUUGACACCAGAAUCAAGGUGUUUGCCAACGGGACCCUGGUGGUGAAAUCCGUCACAGACAAAGAUGCGGGGGAUUACCUGUGCGUUGCCCGGAAUAAGGUUGGUGAUGACUUUGUCAUGCUCAAGGUGAAUGUGGUCAUGAAACCGGCCAAGAUCGAGCACAAGGAGGAGAAUGACCACAAGGUCUUCUACGGGGGUGACCUGAAAGUGGACUGUGUGGCCACCGGGCUUCCCAACCCUGAGAUCUCCUGGAGCCUCCCAGAUGGCAGCCUGGUCAACUCCUUCAUGCAGUCCGACGACGGCGGUGGCCGGACCAAGCGCUACGUGGUUUUCAACAACGGGACCCUCUACUUCAACGAGGUGGGCAUGCGCGAGGAAGGGGAUUAUACCUGCUUUGCCGAAAACCAGGUUGGCAAGGAUGAGAUGAGGGUGCGGGUCAAGGUGGUGUCUGAGCCCGCCGCCAUCCGGAACAAGACGUACUCCGUGGUGCAGGUCCCCUACGGUGACGUGGUCACCGUCGCGUGCGAAGCCAAAGGGGAGCCCACACCCAGGGUGACGUGGCUUUCUCCAACCAACCGGCUGAUCCCGGCCUCCUCCGAGAAGUACCAGAUAUAUCAGGAUGGCACUCUCCUCAUUCAGAAAGCCCAGCGCUCAGACAGUGGCAACUACACCUGUGUGGUCAGGAACAGCGCCGGGGAAGACAGGAAGACGGUCUGGAUUCACGUCAACGUCCGGUCGCCCACCAUCAACGGGAACCCCAACGCCAUCACCACCGUGCGGGAGAUCGCUGCAGGCGGGAGUCGCAAACUCAUUGACUGCCACGCGGAAGGCAUCCCCACGCCGAGAGUCUUGUGGGCCUUUCCCGAGGGCGUGGUUCUCCCGGCCCCGUACUACGGGAACCGGAUCACCAUCCACCGCAACGGCACGCUGGACAUUCGGAGUCUCAGGAAGAGCGACUCCGUGCAGCUGGCGUGCAUCGGCCGCAACGAGGGCGGGGAGGCCAGGCUCAUCGUGCAGCUCACUGUCUUGGAGCCUGUGGAGAAGCCCAUCUUCCACGACCCGGUCAGCGAGAAGAUCACUGCCAUGGCCGGCCACACCAUCAGCCUCAACUGCUCGGCCGCGGGGACCCCGACGCCCACCCUGCUCUGGGUGCUCCCCAACGGGACGGAGCUCCAGAGUGGCCAGCAGCUGCAGAGGUUCUACCAUAAGGGGGACGGCAUGCUGCACAUCAGCAGCCUCUCCUCCGUGGACGCCGGGGCUUACCGUUGCGUGGCCCGGAACUCGGCCGGCUACACGGAGAGGCUGGUGUCUCUGAAGGUAGGGCUGAAACCCGAGACGAGCAACCAGUAUCACAACCUGGUGAGCAUCAUCAACGGGGAGACCUUGCAGCUGCACUGCAUCCCUCCGGGGGGCCGGCCGGCUCGCUUGUCUUGGACGCUCCCCAACACCAUGCUCUUGGAGGGCCCCCAGACACGGGGGCGCUUCUCCGUCUGGGAAAACGGGACCCUCACGGUGCGCGACGCCUCGGUGUUUGACAGGGGGACCUAUGUGUGCAAGGCGGACACCGAGUACGGCCCUUCCGUCAUGAACUUCCCAGUUAUCGUGAUAGCCUAUCCUCCCCGGAUCACCAGCGAGCCAACGCCCGUCAUCUACACGCGGCCCGGGAACACGGUCAAGAUGAACUGCAUGGCCAUGGGCAUUCCCAAAGCAGAGAUCACCUGGGACCUGCCGGACAAGUCACACCUGACGGCCGGGGCGCAGGCCCGUCUGUACGGGAACAGGUUCCUUCACCCGCAGGGCUCGCUGACCAUCCAGCAGGCCACACACAGAGACGCCGGCUUCUACAAAUGCACCGCAAAGAACAUCCUCGGCACCGACUCAAAGACUACUUAUAUCCACGUCUACUGAAAACGCCCCCCGCAGCGCACGGACUCCACGGCCAUGGCUCGGGAAGCUAGGACAAAGCCCCGUUUGUAAGGAAAGCUGCCGCAGCCGGAUAGUCAGAGGCCUUGACUGAUCUGUCACGGUGCACGGUGGCCCCCCCCACCCCCCCGGCUGGGUUUCAGGUUCAUGUUGACUUUGACCUACGCUUGUCCGUGAAGGGAAGCCAUGCAGACACGGGCAGGACGGUUCGGCCUCCCCGGGGACUUGCGUUCAUGUUUACAGCAUGUCGCCCACUCCUGUCUGGCGUUUCACGGGAGCUGGGCACGCGCUCGUGGCGGUGUCUGUCUUGCAGACGCCACGUCUAUGCUUUACCGGGCGUCUGUCGCGGACCUAAGGAGCAUUCACUGAAAAUAAACCGCAGACAUUACCAGUGCCUUGCUACCCCGUUGAAGAUGCGUCCCUUAGUUAACCUGCUGCAGUCUUAACACGAUAGAAUGUUCUAGAAUGACUACCCGUCUUUCACUUCCUGCCACGUUAGAGCUCCAGCUUGCCCUAGAAGGGCUUAGAACCACCGCACUGACUGAUGUCUUUGCAAACGUACAAGUUUCAUACAAUACAGCCACCAUUUUAUACGGGACUCACUUUUUUUAUAUAAUGGAACUCACUUUCUCCCUGGAACUCACUUUUUAGAUAAUGUCUCACAUAAAGACGUUUUAUAUUUUCUUUCCGGUCAGACGAUGAGGCCAGAAAGCGAGAAGUGCUCUCUGUCUCAUUAAAAAUAAUAAAUUAUUGGUCUUUACAAGACUUGGAUACAUGAGAGCAGGCAUGGAAAUACAAUUGUAAAAAAAAAAAAAAAAAAAAAAAUCCUCCAAACUUCCUUGAGCACAUUCAGAAACCGCUAUUAUAUUACCUUCCCCGGCAACCCUAUGGUGUGGGAGUCGGGGAUAUUGGAUUUCCUUGUUUGUGGAUUUAUCUUGAGAGCUGAAGUCGGGGGAGAGGGCAGGAGAGAGCUAAGCCGUGACCCUGCACAAAGAAUCCAGAGCCUCCUGGAAAAGCCCGGAAACGUCUCCUCCACCCAACCCCCCGUCAAUGUGUGCUCCUGGAAAAUAAGAGACAUGUUCUCCCCAUGACUGCUUUACUGUAUUUUUAAGGUCAAUAUAAUGUACAUUUGAUAAUAAAAUAAUAUUUUCCAAAGAA